UUAUCAAAUGUAAUGAGUUUAUUGUUUGUCAACUAAUUUAAUGAUUAUUUAAUGUAAGACAAGACUUGUAUUAAUUGGUCUCUUGAGGAUGACUUCACCCAAAUGUUGGACACCGAUUGUCAUCAAAGUUAAUGACAUAUUUGAUGAAUUAAGAGAUGAAAUUAAAAGACUAAACAAUGAGUUAUCGUUUGCCAACAAAUUGAAGAAACAUUUGGACAAAUUAUAUCAAAAGUAUGGAUCACUUAUUGAUGAAGAAGACAGACAUGAGUUUCAAUUAUUGCAAGAAGUGAUUACAAGAGAAACACUAAAGAAAAGUGAAGGGAUUGGUGAAGACAAACAUGCGAUGACCACUUGUGAUCACAAUUUUAGUCAUCAAAGUAAUAUCACAACUAUGUCCACAAAGAUUAUCACAAAUAAUAGUUUAGUUAAUAAGAGAAGUGAUAGUAUCUGUUCAUUGAAUACCAAACAAUUUAAAACACGAAUGAUGUCCUCAACGGUUGGCAAACGGUUUGUGUGUAAAGAGUCGAGUUGUGGCCAAAUAUUUCUUACGAAGUCUUCACUUAAAAGUCAUCUCAAAUUAGUUCACAGCGAUUACAAUAUAUUUAAAUGUCAUUAUAAUAAUUGUCAUUUUAGUGCACCACAAGAAUCGCAACUUAAGAGGCAUAUGACUGAAUCACAUGAAGACAAUAUUGCACUACAAGAUAAACGACACAAAUAUCUUCAACUAAUGAGUUGUUUUAAUAGCACAACCAAUACAUAUAUUUGUCCGGAAAUCUGUUGUCGAAAAUCGUGUCCAACUUAUUCACAGUUUUAUAAUCAUAUGAAGUAUCACUCGGAUAAAACAACCUGUCAUCACACGGACUGUCGACAAGUUUUCAAAGAUUUUGAACAAUUGAAGCAACAUUUAUUAGAUCAUCAAAAAGAAAUGACAUUCAAAUGUGAUUACGAUGAAUGUCACUUUGGAUGUCUUACUCAAAAUGAAUUGAUAUGUCAUCAGACAAUACAUAAAACUUUUGUUUGUAAUUAUAAAGAUUGUAAUAAAGUAUUUAAAAAUGAAUUCAAUUGGCAAAGACAUAUCAGAUAUCAUGAAACAGAGUUUAAAUUUGUUUGUAGUUUUGUUGACUGUAACCGCUCUUUCAAAUUAAACUCACAAUUGAUGAGACACUCGGCUUUGCAUAAAAGCGAACCGACACUUAUGUGUGGAACUGAUGGCUGCAAUAAACUGUUUUUUAGUGAUAAUGAGAUUACAAGACAUAGAUCGGCCGUUCACAACAUGAAACGUAUUACACUUAACAAUAUUGUGUCGUGUGAUUGGCCCGGAUGUGAUUACAAGUCUAAUUCAUAUACUAUGAAGUCUCAUAAGAAUCUACACACCGGAGAAAAACCUUAUAUCUGUGAAUGGCCUCAUUGUGGUCGACAGUUCCGAUUGAUUCAAAAUAUGAGAGACCAUAUCAAUGUCCACAAUAAUGUCAAGCCUUAUGCCUGCUCGUGGCCCGAAUGUAACUACCGAUGCCGGUGUAGUGGUAAUAUUUUUAAGCAUAUGAAACACAAACAUAAUGUUACUGAACCCAGAGGUCCAGGAGGACGAAAAAUACUACCUAUUGAUUAG